AUGUCCAACUCCGAGCAGACCUUCAUUGCCAUCAAGCCCGACGGUGUCCAGCGUGGACUCGUUGGCCCCAUCCUCUCUCGCUUCGAGAACCGUGGCUUCAAGCUCGCUGCCAUGAAGCUCACCUCUCCCUCCAAGGAGCACCUCGAGAAGCACUAUGCUGAUCUCGCUGGCAAGCCCUUCUUCCCCGGUCUCAUCACCUACAUGCUGAGCGGCCCCAUCGUCGCCAUGGUCUGGGAGGGCCGUGACGUCGUCAAGACUGGCCGUACCAUCCUCGGUGCCACCAACCCUCUUGCCUCCGCCCCUGGCACCAUCCGUGGUGACUUCGCCAUUGACGUCGGCCGCAACGUCUGCCACGGCUCCGACAGCGUCGAGAGCGCCCAGAAGGAGAUUGCCCUCUGGUUCAAGCCUGAGGAGAUCAGCACCUACAAGCAGGCCUCCGCCGCUUGGAUCUACGAGAAGGUUUAA